CUCUCUCCGCCGGCCAUCAGCUGGGGGUCGCGGAUCGGCGGACGCGGGGCCCAAGGCGGGGCCGGGGCCGGGACCGGGGCGUGGCGUCUGCUCUGCCCCGCGGAGGAAGAGGAGGCCGCGCCGCGCCGCUCAUUGGCUGCUGCCAGGCAGGUGCAUCCUCAGCCAAUCAGAGCCGCCAGGGGCGGAGCCCUCGGGGCUCACCUGGCGGCUGCGGCGCUGCCCGGCUCAGUGGCGUCGGAGCCGCGGAGCACCUGCGAGUUCGCGGAAGUCCGGCCCGACUGUAGCUCGGCCCAGCCCAGCCCGAGCCGAGCCGACCGCGCCCGGCCCUCGCCCUCGCUCGGCCCCCGCCGGCGCGCCAUGGGUCCUCCACGCCGCGGUUCUCCCGCGCUGUCGCUGCUGCUGCUGCUGCAGGUCUCCUCGACGCUCUGCCAGGAGCCCGAGCCCUGCCACCCCGGCUUUGGCGCCGAGAGCUACAGGUUCACCGUGCCCCGGCGGCACUUGGAGAGAGGCCGAGUCCUGGGCAGAGUGUACUUCGAAGGCUGCACAGGCCGACCGAGGACGGCCUACUUCUCUGACGACUCUCGCUUCCAAGUGGGCACGGACGGCGUGAUCACCGUGAAGCGGCCCCUGCAGCUGCACAGGCCGGAGACCAGUUUCCACGUCCACGCCUGGGACUCCAGCUACAGGAAGCUCUCCACCAAGGUCACGCUGAAGGCCGUGGGGCCGCACCGCAACCACCACCAUCGCCAUGAGUCUUCCCCUGGAGCCAGCACGGAAGUGCUCACGUUUCCCGACUCCCACCAUGGUCUCAGAAGACAGAAGAGGGACUGGGUUAUUCCUCCCAUCAGUUGCCCAGAAAAUGAAAAAGGCCCAUUUCCUAAAAACCUGGUCCAGAUCAAGUCCAACAGGGACAAGGAGACCCAGGUCUUCUACAGCAUCACCGGCCAGGGAGCCGACACGCCGCCUGUUGGUGUCUUCAUCAUCGAGAGGGAGACGGGAUGGCUGAAGGUGACGGAGCCUCUGGACCGAGAACACAUCGCCAAGUACACGCUCUUCUCUCACGCCGUGUCGUCUAACGGGAACGCCAUUGAGGACCCGAUGGAGAUCGUGAUCACGGUGACGGACCAGAACGACAACAGGCCUGAGUUCACCCAGGAGGUCUUCAAGGGCUCGGUCAUGGAAGGCGCGCUACCAGGAACGUCCGUGAUGCAGGUCACGGCUACGGACGCGGACGAUGACGUGAACACCUACAAUGCUGCCAUCGCCUACGAAAUCCUCAGCCAGGAGCCCGAGCUGCCGCACAAGAACAUGUUCAGGAUCAACCCGCAGACCGGAGUCAUCAGUGUGGUCACCACCGGGCUGGACCGAGAGACGUACCCCGAGUACACCCUGGUCGUUCAGGCUGCUGACCUCCAAGGCGAGGGCUUGAGCACCACGGCGGAAGCGGUGAUCACGGUCACUGACAUCAACGACAACCCUCCCGUCUUCAACCCCACCACGUACGUGGGCCAGGUGCCCGAGAACGAGGCCAACUACCUGGUUGCCACGCUCAAAGUGACCGACAAAGAUGAGCCUAACACCCCGGCCUGGGAGGCUGUGUACACCGUAUUGAACGAUCCUGAGGGCCAGUUCAUUGUCACCACGGACCCGGCCACCAAUGACGGCAUCCUGAAGACAGCCAAGGGCUUGGACUUCGAGGCGAAGCAGCAGUACAUUCUCCACGUGACCGUGCAGAACGCCGUCCCCUUCGAGGUGGCCCUCCCCACCUCCACGGCCACCGUGACUGUGGACGUGGUGGACAGGAACGAAGCCCCCAUCUUUGUGCCUCCCGAGAAGAGGGUGGAGGUGCCCGAGGACUUCGGCGUGGGGCUAGAAAUCACAUCCUACACCGCCCGGGACCCGGACACAUUCAUGCAGCAGAAGAUAACGUAUCGGAUUUGGAGGGAUGCCGCCAACUGGCUGGAGAUUAACCCAGAGACGGGUGCCAUCUCCACGCGGGCGGAGCUGGACCGGGAGGACACAGACUAUGUCAAGAACAGCACGUACACGGCGCUCAUCAUCGCCACGGACAACGGUUCCCCACUUGCCACCGGCACUGGAACCCUUCUCCUGAUCCUGUCUGACGUGAAUGACAACGCGCCGGUGCCUGACCCGCGCAGGAUGGACUUCUGCCAGAGGGACCCACAACCUCAGCUCAUAAACAUCAUCGAUCCCGACCUUCCUCCCAAUACCUCCCCCUUCACCGCAGAGCUCACGCACGGGGCCAGCGUCAACUGGACCAUUGAGUACAGUGACCCACGUCAAGAGUCUAUCAUUUUGAAGCCAAAGAAGACUUUAGAGCUGGGCGACUACAAAAUUAACCUGAAGCUCGCAGACAACCAGAACAAAGACCAGGUGACCACCCUGGAUGUGCUCGUGUGUGACUGCGAGGGCGCCGUCAACAACUGCAUGCGGGCCACGUACGUGGAAGCGGGCCUGCAGGUCCCCGCCAUUCUGGGCAUUCUCGGAGGAAUCCUGGCUCUGCUCAUCCUGGUUCUGCUACUGCUGCUGUUUGUCCGGAGGAGAGGGGUGGUCAAAGAGCCCUUACUGCCCCCAGAGGACGACACCCGGGACAACGUGUAUUACUACGACGAGGAAGGAGGCGGAGAGGAGGACCAGGACUUUGACUUGAGCCAGCUGCACAGAGGCCUGGAUGCUCGGCCCGAAGUCAUUCGCAAUGACGUGGCCCCGACCCUCAUGAGUGUGCCCCAGUACCGCCCCCGACCUGCCAAUCCUGACGAAAUCGGGAACUUCAUUGAUGAGAACCUGAAGGCGGCCGACAGCGACCCCACGGCGCCCCCGUACGACUCCCUGCUGGUGUUCGACUACGAGGGCAGCGGCUCCGAGGCUGCCAGCCUCAGCUCCCUGAACUCCUCAGAGUCCGACCAAGACCAGGACUACGACUACCUGAACGAGUGGGGCAACCGCUUCAAGAAGCUGGCGGACAUGUACGGGGGCGGCGAGGACGACUAGGGGCCCUGAGAAGGGCGGGGCCCCCAGAGGCGGCUGCGGGCGAGGCGCAGGGGACGCCGCUGUGGUUUCUCGGCUCCCCUCCUCCUUCCAGCUGAGUUCCCGGGAAAGACCCCGAUCAAGGGUGCAGUGAAAGGUAGUUAGGAUUUCCCUCUGUCGCUGUCGUCUGUGUGUGGUAGAAAGGUUUUUGACUUACUCCUCCAGUUUUUCUGACACGUCAUGAUGUCCCAGAGGCCCCCAGAUGUGAAUGUUCCAAAAGGAACAAACUCCAUCCACUCCCACGUGGCUGCGCCAGCAAUUUGCAGAUUUCCCUUAGGGGCCUUUGUCUGGACCUUCACAGGAAGGGGGGUCAGCUGCCCUGGCGGUCUGCUUCUCUCCCCAUCCUGGCACCAGGGUCCCCUGUCCCGAACCCCCCCCCCCCACCCCGUCCCGCUCCACCUGCUAGUGUCCCCAGCCAUGCACAAGUGGCCCCGCCGUCUCAGGGCAGGAGGCGGGGUCUCGGGCAGGUCCCGCAGUUGGCUGGGUUCUGUAUCCUCUAGUUCGUGGUUUCCUUUUUCUUCUCUGAGCCCUGAUGUUCCUGGUUCUCCACAAGGGAGCCCGGGCCAGGAGAGGCCAUGGAUCCUCAGGUGACACUUAGUUUUCCAUGUUUCAUCACUGACAUGAAAGAGUGAUUGAUAGUGAGUCCGAGAAUGGUGCCUGCGUGCUGCCACCCAGGACAAGGGGAUGGGAGGGCAGCCUCGCUGCUGCGGGCCCGCCCACCUCACAGCCACAGCAGGAUGCAGGAUGCACCCGGGCUCCCUAUCCAGGGUCUGUGGGCCCUCAUUCUUCCCGAAGCCCAGAAUUCCCAAGUGCCUGCUUUUGAUGGUGUCUGCAAAAUAUGCUGGCUGAUCUGGACACGUUUGCCCAGUUCCAAGUGUGCACAGAAAACUAAGAAUGUUGCAGCUUCCAGUUUAUUUUCCUUAGGAGCAGGAAUUAAACAGCGCCCUGAAGGGUGUUAAGGAGUUGGUGUUGUGGUGCAGUGGGUUGCGAGCCCAGCAUCCCACGUGGGGACACUGGUUCCAUCCGGGUUACUCGGCUUCUGACCCAGCUCCCUGCUACAGUGCCUGGGAAAGCAGUGAAUGAUGGCCCAGGUAUGUGGGCGCCUGCACCUACGUGGGAGGCCCAGAUGGAAUUCCUGACUCCUGGUUUCAGCCUGGCCUAGACCUGGCUGUUGUAGCCAUUUGGGGAGUGAACCAUCGAUCUUUCACUCUCUCCCUCGCUCGCUGUCGCUCUAACUUUCAGACCAAUCAACCAAUCAGUCUUUUAAAAAAUGUUAAACAGAUCUUGAUUUGGAUUUUUUUUUUUAAUUCAAAAUGCAAAUCUCAACUUUUGACAACCACAGGAAGAGUUUCAUUGAGAUUGCUUUACUGCCUGUCAGCUGUUUUUGGAAGAAGAAGAAAAUCAUCUGUGCAGUCACUUGUUGGGGUUAUCUUCACUUUCCUGCGGUUCCGACUGUGUCUAAUGCAGUUCUGUAUAGAGAAAGUCACUGUAGUUCCGAGUGCAUUUGUGUGUGGGUGCUGAUAAUUUUGUAUUUUCAUUGGAGGUGAAAAAGGAAAGCAACUCAAGCCCGGAAAAUUAUUCUCAAAGAUGCAUUUUUAUAAACUUUAUUAAAGAAUUUUGUUAAACCAC